GCUUCAUACCCGUGACGUCACAUGUAAACAAAAGGAAUUUCAAAUCGUCUCCGCAGUUCCGAAAAUGACGUCUUCUGUUAUUUCCGAUGAAUUGUCAAGGAAAAUCGCGGAUAUGAUUAGCAAGCAUGAAGACUGGACGGAGGAAGAUAAGACAAGAAUUCUCUCGGAAUAUAUGAAGAUUUUUGGUGAGGUCUGGAAAGAAGCAGUUACUGUAUUCAACAAUGGGAACAUGCCUGGUCAGUCCCAGUCAGCUGACAAGAAGGAAGAAGCUAGGACAGAGGAAACAGCUGAAGAUCUAGAAGAAGCUGAGAUCCGUCACGAAGGCACCCUUAUUGCUGUCACCAAGAAGCGCAAAGAAUAUCCAGCAAAAAUUGCAGCACUGCUUGGAAAGACAACAAGGCUUCAGAAAAACACAGUUGAGGUGCUGAAAGUGGAUCUUCCUCCACGUCCUCCAUUAGAAGUGGACAACAAUACAAGUCAUCUUAAUGCAAACCUAGCAUCCAUGUUGGAAGCUAGCUCCCGUGCACUUUCCGAAAACAUGAACAGCCUGCAGCCUCACAACCAUCGUCUCAGUCACCUAGCUGAAGCCAUGGACAUACUUACUUCCAAUAGGAAUAAUCCAAUGGAAGUGCUUUUAUCCAGUUGUGAAUGAAAUGUAGAUUAUUUUGAUGAGAUAUUGCUAUGCAUGAACUGACAGAUCACAUUAUAUUAAAUUUUUAGUGUUGUUCAUUAAGAUUCAGAAUAUUUCAUCAAAUGAAUGACUUUAUCUCAUGAAUAUAAGAUGUCAUUUGUACCUGGAGAAUGAUAAGCAGAUUUACCAAUUAUUAUUGUAAGAAUCAGCAUAUAUAACCUCUUAUCUCUCACUCUUCUUACAUAAACAGUAAGUGUUUUGUGAUAUAUAAGUAGAAAAAAAGUAUGAUAUGAAGAUCUAUAUUCUUUCUGUAUUAUCUGCAUGUGACAAGAACCCUGUGGAGUUUUGAUUUUGAAAAUAUACAAAAACUUUGAAUUCUGUUAGGGUGGAAGCAAGUACUUGUUUAUACUUUUUAUACUCUUUCUAGAUCACUUGUAUUUUGCUAGUACUACUGAAAUAAACACAAAAUUGGCA